AUGACCAAUACCUAUAAUAAUAAUAAUAAUAAUAAAGAGGGAACAAAAUAUAAAUUUAAAAUUCAUUUAGUAGGUGAUAGAUAUGAGGGUUGUAAAACAUCAUUUUUAAAUGUAGUGUGUAAUAAUAGUUUCAACUUAGAGUAUACCCAUACAACAAUAUGGGACUAUAUGGAAAAAGAAAUGGAAAUCAAUGAUAUCAGAAUUAGUGUUGCAAUUUAUGACUACUUUUUCCCAAAUGAUGGAAGAGAAUAUAAAGCAAAUGAACAUAGGGCAAACUUUGAAUAUUUACAUGGUAUAGUAUUCCUAUAUUCAAUAACAAAUAAAGAAUCAUUUGAAAAUAUUAAACAGUUUUGGUAUAAAGAGUACAUAAAAAAAUAUAAAAUGAUAGAUAAGAAGUAUUUCAAAAAACCAAAACUAUUCAAACCAACAAUUAUGAUAAUAGGAAACAAAUCAGAUUUAAGAAAUGAAUCAAAUCAAUCGGAAUGUGUCAAUAGUGAUGAUGCUAGGAGUUUUGCAAGUUCAAUAGGUGCAUUAUUUUUUGAAAUUUCUUUAAGAGAGAAUAGUAAUGUCGAAACUGCAUACACAGAAAUGGUUAAAGCAAUUCUAACAAACUAUGAAAUAGCAGGUGGUUCGUCAGUAAGUGAAAUUUCUACUAACUAG